GCGGCCGCAGCCGCCUCGGGUUCCCGGGGCCGCCGACACCGCCACAACCCGAGAGAAGCCGCCGCCCCGACUGCCCGCCAGCGCCCCGCUCGUCCGGUAAAGUGCUCAGCUGUGUAGGAUAUCACAUAAAUCGUGGAAGACUACCAAUAAGGGGUAAUGUCUCGGGAGCCCACCCCACCCCUCCCUGGAGAAAUGUCUACUGGUCCUAUAGCAGAAAGCUGGUGUUAUACACAGGUUAAAGUGGUAAAAUUUUCCUACAUGUGGACGAUUAAUAACUUCAGUUUUUGUCGAGAGGAAAUGGGUGAAGUGUUAAAAAGUUCAACAUUCUCAUCUAGCCCCAGUGACAAAAUGAAAUGGUGCCUGAGGGUAAACCCAAAGGGAUUAGAUGAUGAAAGUAAAGACUACUUGUCAUUAUAUUUGCUUUUAGUCAGCUGCCCAAAAAGUGAAGUGCGAGCAAAAUUCAAAUUUUCCCUUUUGAAUGCUAAAAGGGAAGAAACAAAGGCAAUGGAAAGCCAAAGAGCAUAUCGGUUUGUACAAGGGAAGGACUGGGGCUUUAAAAAAUUCAUCCGAAGGGAUUUUUUGCUUGAUGAAGCUAAUGGUCUUUUACCAGAUGACAAGCUUACAUUAUUUUGUGAGGUGAGUGUGGUCCAAGAUUCAGUAAAUAUAUCAGGGCAUACUAAUACAAAUACUUUGAAGGUGCCUGAAUGUCGACUUGCAGAAGAUUUAGGUAAUCUCUGGGAAAACACAAGAUUUACAGAUUGCAGUUUUUUUGUGAGAGGACAAGAAUUUAAAGCUCAUAAAUCUGUACUUGCAGCUCGAUCCCCAGUUUUUAAUGCAAUGUUUGAACAUGAAAUGGAGGAAAGCAAAAAGAAUCGAGUGGAAAUAAAUGAUGUAGACCCUGAGGUUUUUAAAGAAAUGAUGAGAUUCAUUUAUACAGGGAAAGCACCAAACCUUGACAAAAUGGCUGAUAACUUGUUGGCAGCUGCAGACAAAUAUGCACUGGAGCGACUGAAGGUUAUGUGUGAAGAAGCUUUGUGUAGUAACCUCUCAGUAGAAAAUGUUGCUGAUACCCUUGUCCUUGCAGAUUUGCACAGCGCAGAACAGUUGAAAGCACAAGCCAUAGACUUUAUUAAUAGGUGCAGUGUUCUUCGACAGCUUGGGUGUAAAGAUGGGAAGAACUGGAACAGCAGCCAAGCAGCAGACAUAAUGGAAACAUCAGGAUGGAAGUCCAUGAUUCAGUCUCACCCUCAUUUAGUAGCAGAAGCCUUCCGAGCACUAGCAUCUGCACAGUGUCCACAGUUUGGCAUUCCACGCAAACGACUAAAACAGUCCUGAAAUCUUCCAUGCACUGUAGAAAAAUGGAAUUGACUUUUACUCUUCCUGAUCCAGAUGGAUUCUAAUAUACAAACCAUAAACAAGAGUUGUUUUUGUUGUCUUGUUCACAGGACAGAAGUGAAAGCAUAUUGCUUGCAUUUCAGGUGGAUGAUGUAUUGGUUAUUCUUCAGCUUUAAAUUUGACUGAUUAUACUAAUUCACUUCAAGGCCUUAAAUUAUCUUCAGUGACUUCUCUUGUUCAUAUGAUACUUUAAUUUUUUUUUAUUGUGCCUUGUCAUUUUGACCAAGGCUAUGCAAGAUUGCACUAGCUCCAUAAUGCAGUAAUAUUGAUACCUGAAGAUAUUAAGUUUCAAAGGAUCUUCCAUUAGUUUGAGAAAAGCAAAAUGAAUUUUAUAGGAUUUGUCCUAUGUUAUCUGAAUGUUUGAAACUAGGUUUUCCUAAAAAGCACUUGUGUUGGAGAUUACUGAUAAUAUCUCCAAUCUAAGUUUUAUGAACACAGGAAAACCUGCUUACCUUCAAGGUAAGUGAUGGCAAUACACCACUUCCUUUCUAAUUUAUUUUUCAUUUCAGGGGGAAAACAUCCUAUGAGUUGGCCCAGAUUUUUAGUAAAAUUUGUGAUGUUUAUAUGUGUUUCAUUGUUGGUUUAUUUAAGUUUACAAUGACUGAGAACUGAUUGAGGUUAAGAUUUUAAUUAGAAAGCAUGUUUUAUGCUAAAUUGAUUUUUUUUUUUUUAUGGUGACCUACGUAGAGGAGGAAUUCUGUACCUGUUAAAAGGAUGACCAAAUGUAAAUUACAUGAGUGGGCCAAUUAAGAAAUAUAUAUGCACUUUUAAUGUGUAAUUUUUAUAUGAUGAAUGGUACAUAUAUUUUUUUUUUUUUUGCUUUUGAGAGAAUUAAUAAGGUAUAAUUAAUUGUCUUAACUUUUGAAAGAAAAGACAGAUGGAGGCUUCCGGAAUGUUUGUGAUAAUAGAUAAGAAAGAGACUGUUGGUUAUAGGUAAAUUGGUUUGAAUUUUGGAUAUUCAUAAUUGAAUUCAAUCCUGUUUUAUCCCAGUUUGGAAAAGGCACCUGAAGAAUAAACAUAGUCUACUAUCUUAAAAGCACUGAACAGAUAGUAAAAGAGAGAACCAUUAGAAACAUGUGAGGCCACCUAUGACCUUUUUUUCCUCCUCCUACUUUUCACCUUUCUCUUCCACUUGAGUAAUUAACAUUGUGGGUGACAUUGAAAUUCUGCAAAAUGUGAACAGGAUAAACUAUUUAAAAACUGCUUUUCAUGGGCCAGUUCUUUCUUACCAAAUGAAUUUUAGCUUUACACAUCUACACAUGUUAAGUGUUGAUAGCUCUGUUCACAAUAGAUGCCUGUUCUGGUGUAUUGUCCCCAAGAAGCAGUACUUAUAAAUGAAAAGUCACUGCAACUGAUUUCCUGUAACAGUGACUAUAUUUCUUAGGUAAGAUUUAUAUUUGCCCACAAAGGGAAAAGUAUGUUACUGUGGUGGGGAGGGGUGAACAUGCCUAUAGACCUAUAUAUUUGCAGAUUUAACUUUAUUCUCCAGAAAAAAAAUUUGUAUAAUUUGUUCAGUUUUUUAUUUUAGGACAAAAGGAUAAAAAUUGCAACCCAAGGUUUUAAAAUGGAUUUUAUUUUUAUCAUCUCUUUGUUAGAUAUUCACUAAAGCAAUCUUAAUAUUUUAUCAAGAGUGACUUAUACCUACAUUAAACAAACACAUACAAGCAUACAAGCAUUUAUUAUCCAUACAAAUUGGAGUUUGAAAAGAUCGUAUUUUUAGAAUCUUCAUUUCUUCCUGGGUAGUUAGGGUCUUUGUUAUUUUACUAAAAUUUUAAAUUGGAAGAAUUCCUUGGAUUAAAAAAAAUUCUUUUAAUGGACUCGUUUGUGUAUAAGUAUUUUAGGGAACAGAAGUUCACUUCCUUCACCUUUAUAUUGAGCCUGUUAAAUUUGGCAGUGUACAAUUUUUAAAACCUACAGACACACGCAUAAACACAUUAAGAUUUCAAUUUAAGAUGAUGCCAGAUUCUUAUAAGAAAAAAAAAAAACUUCCUUACACUGUAGUGUUUUGUUGUCAUAUAUAUCAAGAAAAUACUGAUAUAUCCGUUUAUAUCAAAUGCUCAUUGCCACAUUGUGAAUUCACUGCUUGAAUAUAUGCAUUUCUGACCAUAGUUGACUUCAGUAAUGACAACAUAUAAUGAACAUUUCAGCCUGCCCUUAUUUACUCAUGUUCGUGUUUAUUGUAAUUCUUAAGGGUUUUAUUAUAAGUAUUUUUUUUAAAGUUUGGUAGCACCUUUUGUACCAAAAACGUCAAACACUGUGCUGUAAGGAUAUCCACGUUGUAGAAAUGUCCACUUUUCAGAUAAUAUAAUGCCUACCAUUAUACUAACAGAUCACAUGAUAAUGUUUUUCUUUAUUUAUUAUAUAUGUUUUUGGUGUUGUGGGUUCUUAAGGCAGUGAUAAAAGAUUUAAUGUUUGCUAACAUGAGUACUCAAAUAGCCCUUCUUCCCAUUCUUAUUUAAACUACAUGAAUUGUUUUCAGUAGGCACAGAUGCUUUUAGAGCAGUCUUGCCUUUUGAACUAACAGCCUGUUUCUGUUUUCUUUUUGUCACCUAAGCAGGUUUUUUUCUUUUUGUUUUUAUUAGGAAAUUAGUAACUGAUUUUAAAUGUCACAUAUUAUAAGUAACCAUUGGAAAAUGUUCUUUUAUUGAGAUACAGAAACACUGUAUUUGUGCCUUUUUUUUUUUUAAUUUUAAUAUGUAUCGGUAUUUAGAGCACAAAUAUGAAGGUGCCAUAAUAUGGCUCGACAUUGUUACCUCCUUGAAUACUCAUGUGUCAUUGUCUUGAAGUAGUGGUUGGAGAAGCUUGCAUGUGUUACAUGAUGAUUUGGGAGGGUGUGUGUGCGAGUGCAUGUGAGUGUGUGUUUAUGUGUGGUGUGUUAUGCAUACUUGUAUUCACUAGCCCUUGAGUGUGGUAAAUUCAAAAGAGUAAACUUCUGAAAAUAGGACUUAAGUUAAAUGUUAAAAGUUUGAGUUAGUUAUUUCAUUUAAAUGUGCUUUAUUUGAGGUACAACUGAUUGGCAGAGAAAAUUAUAAUUCUCAAAAAUGUGACCUACGGAUUUACUGCAUGAUGAAAUGUGAAAACAGUGCCUUUUUGGGACAUAAGUUUUAAAAUUAAGAUAAAAUAUUAGCAACUCUUUUAAAAGUUGUCAUGAGCAUUUUUGGCUUUCUGUUAAACAAUUUAAGGUAAAGUAAGUAAAUUACUAAUUUACUUAUCCAUUUAUUUUGUGCAUAAAUUUAAAAUCUAAAGAGAACUCUUUAUUGUGAAUCAUAGUUGCUACUAAAAUAAAACACUAGGGACUCCAGCAAGUUGUUUUGUUAAAAUCCAACUUAAUCAGCUUAUCACAAUGCCAAGUAUACUUAAAAGAGUUGAGUUAUCCUGAGUUGGACACAUGUUCUUUGGGGUAUAAAAUUAAAAUGUUUCAAUAUAUUCCCACAAAAUAAGAUGGGUGGGAUUUAGUGUUUUCAGAUUAUAAAGACAGCACUUUCAGCACACAGAGUAUUUUGCAAAAACCUUUUUUAUACAGAUUAUGAGCUCUACUUUAUUUAAGUAUUCAUGGAAUGAUGUAAAUUUUAGGUCCAGUUUAACAAAUAUUGAGUGCCUACCAUAUACAAGACUUCCUUUUUACUAGGAAUAAAAUCACCGCACUGUGUCUUCUGUUUGCAGUAUGUGGACAUUAUGUUUAAGAAGGAAUUCUUAUAUUUAAAUCUUUUUCUGUUGUUAGAGUUUAUCAUUGUAUAAUGUAAGCCAGUUAAUUUUGCUUUCUUUUUUAAGGAUAAAGAUAUAACUUAAGUGAGUCCCAUUUUUGGAAAUGAAAUUAUUUAAAAAUUAGAACAGGAAAAAUUUGAUUUUCAAGACUCAAAUGUAUAAAGACUUGUGUUAAACUUUACAGCCUCAUUUUUAAUCAGCUGGUGUUAAUACUGAGAUACAUAAUUUUUGUAUCUUGUGCUGGAAACAUUUUUUGCAUUUCAAAAUAUUUAGU